AGCCUAUCGACUAUUGAAUACACAAUUGCAUCAGAUUUUGUGCGUUUAAAACACACACCGUUUGAAAGUACAGUAUAUUUGUGUUAUUUUACACACAAUUUAGUUAAUUGUCAUUUGAUUUACACUACAAUUAAACUUCAAUUCAAUUGAAGACAACAUAUAAUCAGUGAAUAUAUACAAAAUGUUGUUCAAUAUAAUCGGAUCCCAAUGUCUUCGUGCGGGCAAAUCGCCAGCCAUUCAUCAAUUCAGACACUUAUCCUCUCAGACAAGACUUACCACUUAUAACAAUAUAGUGUUGGCCGGCAAUCGGCACGAAUACAUUCAGCGGCGGUACGCAAGCGAUGCCAAAGUGCAGGGAAUGGUAAUCGGCAUCGAUUUGGGAACCACUAACUCAUGUGUGGCCGUAAUG